CAGAAGUCGGAUCUUAGGACCUCUACAGUCUGUCCGGUCUCUCCCGGUAGUGGGAGGAGUCACGGUUGAGGAGACGUGGCAACAGAUGACGUCAUCACAGUGCGCCGUCGGUUCGUCCAUGGUUGUUCUGAGCUAAUCCAGCUAGCAGCUUUGUUUCUGGAUAAAGUGAAGCUGAUUGAGUGGGAAGAUGAUGGAAGAGAGCGGGAUCGAGACUACGCCUCCUGCCAGCCCUUCACCUCCUCUGACGGAGGCUGCUUUAGUCAGCAGCCCCCCCAUGACUGCAGGUCUGUCCAGUCCUCCGUCCCUCCUCAGCACCACCGCAAUCGCCUCCUUCCCCCCUGGCCCCUCCCUCCCCGCAUUCAGCAGCCCCCUUCCCUCAGCCCCUUCUCUCUCCUCUCAGUUCCCCCCUCCCUCCUCCCUCUCCUCCCCCUUCACCAGCAGCUCCCCCUUCCCCCCCUCGGCCUCCCCCUCCGUGCCUCCUCUGGCCUCCUCCUUCAGACCUCCUCCCUCCAUGGCUCCUGGCAUGUCGCCCCCUCCUGCGGGAGGUAUGAUGUCUGGCUUCUCCAUGAGUGCAGGAUAUGACAUCACACGGGGUCACGCCGGGCGGACGCCACAGACGCCACUGAUGCCGACCUUCUCCAGUCCCACGGCGAUGCCAGGUGUGGUGUCGAACCCGAUGGUCCAGCAGCCCGUGAUGACCGGAGGAAUAGAGGCCGGGUCUCCCAUCACAUUCCCGGAGGAGCAGGAGGAUCCUCGAGCCUCUGCAGAGGCCAACGCUGGAGGAGGGAUCUGGGGCUUCUUCAAGGGAGUAGCCGGUAACCCGAUGGUGAAAACGGUCCUGGAUAAAACCAAACACUCAGUAGAGUCCAUGAUCACCACUCUGGACCCCGGCAUGGCUCCGUACAUCCGCUCUGGAGGAGACGUGGACAUCGUAGUGACUUCAGAUAAAGAGACGAGCGUGUCAGCGGUCAGAGACGCCUUCCAGGAGGUGUUUGGGAUGGCCAUGGUGACUGGAGAGCCCGGUCAGUCCAACAUCGCCCCGCAGCCUGUGGGGUACGCUGCAGGAGUCAAGGGGGCUCAGGAGCGCAUUGACAGCCUGCGUCGGGCGGGAGUGAUUCAUGAGAAGCAGCCUGUGGUCUCUCUGGAAAACUUCAUCGCUGAGCUGUUUCCUGACAAGUGGUUUGAUAUGGGCUGUCUGAUCCUGGAGGACCCGGGUCUCAACAUCCGCAUCGAGGUCUUCACUCAGGCCACACCUGUGUCCCUAGAUCACAUCCAGCAGGCCCAGUCCCUGACCCCCCCGGACUACAGCCUUCGCUGGUCGGGUCUGAUCGUGACGGUAGGCGAAGUCCUUGAACGCAGCAUCCCCAACAUCAACCGGAUGGACUGGCACCAAGCAAUGACGGGGAUGAGCCAGCGCCACAUGAUCCAGAGCGCCGCCAAAGCUUUAGCCGGUCUCUACAAACAGCAGCUGCCCCCCAGGACUAUGUGAGGCUGCGGGUCUCGUACUGUGUCUCAGACCGGGAGGAGGCGGAGUCACGCAGGAGGAGGGACCAGCUGAUUGGACAGCAGGGUGUCUCGUAGCUCCGUCCUUCAAAAGCCAAACAAGCGUUUCUUUAGAGACAGAUGUUUGAACUGAAGAGAGACUUUAACUUUACCUGAUUCUUCAGAUUAUUAAACAUCUGGUUUAUUCUGAUCACAAACUUUAACACACCAAGGAAAUAUUUACUUCACUGUACAGACUUUUACUACGACUAUGUCCCAGCUGCUCUCUGACCGUUACACAUCUACCUUCAACAGAAGUUUCUAAACUUUGAUUUAGAGAGUUCGAUUUCAAAACGCAGGAGCUGGAUGAGAUUAAAACGUUUAAAAGAGACACAGCUCAAUGCAACCAUGUUACAUGUAAACAGACACAAAGCUAGCAGCCAUCAAUGCAAAUUGCAUAGAGCUUAAAAAUAUUCUAAAAUAAAUGUUUUGUUAAAUAUGCACAAUUUAAAAAUAUGAUAAAUACACGAUUAAAAAUGAAGGAUGAGCUGGAAUGAAAAUAAAAAAUAAGAUUCAAUAAAAUGGCAAAAAUAAACAAACAAAAUUUUUUAAAAAGUCUUUAUUUCUAAAUAUUAAAAUGUAUCAUCCCUAAAACAUCAGGAUACUUUCAGAUUAAGUUUCUCUAAAUAAUAAACACAGUCUGUUAGUUUUAUGCUUCAAAAUAAAGUUUAAUAAACUGCACUAAAGUUUCCUCUCACAUUUAUAACUCACUCUUUCUUUUAAGAUAAUAAACUGGAAAAUAAGAACACUUGAAUAAUUUACAUGAAAAAGAUCUGUUUAUGUGACUAACAGGACGACUAUUGUCUUAUAACUCAGAUCCAGACGUCCAAAGAUCAAAUCCAACAUUUUGAUCCACUGGCAAACCCUCCAAUUAUUGUUUUACAUGUUUACUCAACGUUUCCUUAAAUUUAGAGGAUAAUCCGAGUUCAGUUUUCCUCACAGGCUAUGCACACUUUCUUUUCCCAUUAUGCUUUGCAGCUUUUGAUCGUGUUCAAAAUCACAAACUGACCCGAAUGGAGAUCAAACUGCUUAAAAUUCAUCUUGUAUAUCAUCCAGCUUUAUCACACUCCUUUUAUUCAGACCGCCCUGCUCUGCUCCUUUAACACUACACACUGUGUUUCUGUGAACGCUGCUUUAACGUAGAAGCCUGAUGCUGAGUUAUUGUGGCAGUUUGAUCGCAGUGAAAUUGUACUAAAAGCAGCAGAUUAAAGGUAUUUAUUGAUACCUUAACACUUCUGCUGAUCUCACAUUUCAGAACCUAAAAAUCUUUAAGGUUUAUAUUUUUAUUUUCAGAGUUUCUGCACCUUAAAAAACAAAGACAUGAUUUCUGCUCAUAGAUAAAUCUCCUGUCUCCAUCUCAGCAUGGAGAUGUGUCACAUAAUGAACACAUUAAUGACGUGUUGAAGUCGGUGAGGCCAGAUUAACGUCUGACAUAUUAACUGAGUGAAUCCUGAGUGUGCAGUUUGUGGCUGGGACACAGCUUCAGUCGUCUGCUGCCUUCACAGGUUUCAUGUUUUAAAGUGUUUUACUUUAAUAAGAUCAUUGCAUCACUUUGUUGAUUCCUUUUUAUUAGUUUUAUUUCUUUAAAAUGCUGACAGAGUUUUUUUAAUGUUUGCAGCCAAAAGUAGAUGUAGCAGGAUGCUAACCGCGUCAUGAUGUUUAAGUUUGAGUGGAAGGAACUUUUUGUCUGUGUACUUUGUGUCCUCUAAAUGUGCCUUUUUACACAGUGACAAUAAAUUGCUUUUUAACGGUU